AUGUCUUUGCCAACAAAUAAACCCUCGCUCUUCAGCCGUCUCGCGCACAGCUCCUCGUCUUCGCUCAGAUCAGACUCGUCAUCGUCGACCACCUCGACGAUAUCGUCCACGCCGAGCGGAUGUAGAGACUACCAAAGGGCUCGCUACGCCAAGGACGGCAAAGGAUUCGACUUUACGUCGACGUAUCCUUAUUCCACAAAUGGACAAGGCGUGGACGAGACUCUUGCCACAGCGGUUGCACCUUCAUUUCCGCUGGGCUGUCGCGACUUCAAACUCCGAUACGCAAAGGACGGCAAAGGCCACGACUUCCGCGCGACCUACACAUCAGCCGAGACUGCCUCAGUUGACACAGUCCCACUCGUCGAUACCGUGUCCAGUGUACCUGUACCAGGGGAUUUCAAGCUGCGGUAUGCAAAAGACGGAAAGGGCCAUGAUUUUGCAGUAUCGUAUCCAUAUGAUAAGAAGUGA